AUGUUGCUAAAAUUAAGCUUAUUGUUUUCACUGAUUCUUCACUCGUGCAUCGGUCUUAGUUUUCAGUGUCGUGACCAAAAAGACCAAAAUGUGGAUUGGUUUAUAUUUUACAAAGUUGGUCGCAUAAAGAAAUCAUCCGCAAAGUCUGUUCGUAAUGGGUAUGCGUUCUUGUACAUGGAUGCUAACCAUCAGGAGUGGUCACUUUCGGCAGUCGAGAUUGAUAACUCGAGACAAGCUAUCGGAUAUACUUUGCAGCAAUAUUAUGAUGUUGCAAGCAAUCCUGAGGUCUUCAGUAUAAUGUAUAACGAUGAAUUUCCAUAUCCCAACAAUGACACUGUGUCGGGAACUUCGGGACAUACUAAAGGAGUGGUAGUAUUUGGAAAAAAUAAUGGUUUCUGGUUGAUACAUAGUAUACCAAAAUUUCCCAGAAAUGAUACCUAUGAAUAUCCAGUUACUGGACGUCAUUAUGGACAGAUGGGAUUAUGUGUUUCGAUGUCCUAUUCACAACUUCAUAAAAUCGCUACUCAGCUGUAUUACAAUCAUCUUUUUAUUUAUUCACAAAACCUCCCUGCACAAAUGGCUGUUGACAUACCUAUUCUUGUCAAGGUGAUAUCAGAAAAACAUCAACGUGUUGCUCCUUAUGUUAGUCGUGUUGUGAUCAAUUCUUCUGCAGGCCAUGAAUUUGUUCAUUUUGCGAAAACUCAUGCAUUCGACAAAGGCAAUCUUUACUUUGAUCUCGUAGCACCUACACUUAAAAGUUCAUUGAAAACAGAAACUUGGCAACAUGAAACCUUGAGGAACAAGAACUUGAAGUCUUGGUGCCGUAAACAGAGUCCUUAUAAGGUUCUGGAUGUGAAAAAGGUUACUCUUCCUUUUAAUAUCAGUUUUCCAAAUGCGCUUGAUCAUUCCAAAUUUGCGGUUGCCACAUUCGAUGCCGGCAAAGUACCUCUACCUUGGAUUUGCAUUGGUGAUAUCAAUAGACAGAGACGCCAGCUUCUCCGUGCAGGUGGUACGAUGUGUUGUAUGAAUUCGGAAGUACAUUCCAUAUAUAGUGCCAUGGUUGCAGAUUAUUGGCCUUGCAUUAGCAGUGGUUCCUAA